UGAUCAGUCGGUUAUUAUUCCAAACAACAGCUCCAUAUUUCCGACGUCUAUAACUAUUCAUUUAAGUAAUUUGAUAGCAUGACUGAUAUUAUAUCUUGGUUAGUAAUUUUUCUUAUAACUGGGCUAAAAGUCGAAAAAAGUGAUGAGACCAAUUAUCAAGACGUUUUUGAUCUGGACUGCGGUUUCAACAAAGGUUGUUGGCUCGGCUCUAACUUCAAGGUUUCUUGGGAGCCCUACAAGUUGCGACUCUACUCUACUAUUGGACAAUUUGUAAUGGCUGACCUGGUUACUAACACUCAUGGAAACAUCACUUUGGAUAAGUUUGAGAUCUUGUUAGGACUGUCACACAGCUACGACGAACUGAGUCCAGAAGACAUCACUCAGUGCAAACUGUCGGAUAAUCCUUACUCCGACAUGAGAGCGACAGUGCAGCACUUUCAUCUGCCCCCUGACUCCCCCAAGUACAAUCAGGACGCCACCUGGAUGCUAACUAAUAAGACAUUCUACCAACAAAGCAACAUAGUUGGCUGUUUGUACGACAGAGCGUACAAUAUGAAAUUAGAGGUGAACAAGGGAGGCUAUCUGAAUUUGAAUGAGUCAUACUUUCUCCACCUCUACACCAGGACAUCCAAUCUGACAGGCAAGAGCGGAAUCAACCAUUUAAUGUCAUCCACUAAACGCGUAUGCCUAGAAGACAUCUCAGUUCUCAGCGAAGGUGUACCGCUUCCUCCAUAUAUUGAUGUACACGCAAUCAUGGUAGUUCUCGCUUGGGGAUUUCUUAUACCAUGUGGGGUGGUUAUGCUCAGAGUUCUUCGAUUCACGUCCUUAUACGAAAAAGAAAUAAAAGGAUUUAGCGUUUUGAUCAUCAUGCACGGCUCUGUAAACACUUUGGGACUAUUUUUGACUAUGAUUAGUGGAAUUUAUAUGAUUAUCGAGACCGGUGGUUUCGAAAAGGGUCUUCAUGCUGUAUUUGGAACAGUUGUUUUAUUCCUAUGUACAAUUCAGGGCUUACUUGGAUUCAUCCACUUUUUUACUUUCUGUUCGCUGAAACUCUAUUGGGUUCAUCGUUGUCUUGGUGGAGUUUUGACAUUUUCUUCACUUCUGAAUAUCUUCCUCGGAAUUAAGAGAGUAGAAGACAGUGGUGCACCAACGGGACUGUAUGUAUUUUACCUGUUCAUAGCUGGGGCAGUGGCAGUGGCGUACGUGGCUUUCGAAGUUUAUCAAUGCACUACUAAUCGCGUAAUGGGCAACACUCCUUUUCUACUAAUGAUGUUUUAUAUUCUCAUAUUGAUCUUUCUGCUUGUACUAUUUGGAGUGGAGUUCUUGUCAACAUUUCUAAAUUAACUGAAAAUAGAUUUAACCUGAUUUACUUCAAAAUAACUAGCGCACUCGUAGAUGCUAAAAAUACUUCUAAACAUUCAGUUAACAUUUCUACCGGUAAAACAAAUGA